AUGUCGGCCGAGGCCUCGGGCCCGGCGGCGGCCGGGGCCCUGUCCCUGGAAGUCCCUACGCCCUGGGGGCUCGAGCCUGGCGCCGCCGCCGCCGCCGCCGGGCUCCAGCCGCAGACGCCGAACAGCAAGUACGUGAAGCUAAACGUGGGGGGCUCGCUGCACUACACCACGCUGCGCACCCUCACGGGGCAGGACACCAAGCUCAAGGCCAUGUUCAGCGGCCGCGCCGAGGUACUCACCGACGCCGGAGGCUGGGUGCUGAUUGACCGGAGCGGCCGCCACUUUGGUACAAUCCUCAACUACCUUCGGGAUGGGUCUGUGCCACUGCCUGAAAGUACCAGAGAACUGGGGGAGCUACUAGGGGAAGCACGCUACUACCUGGUCCAGGGCCUGAUUGAGGACUGCCAGCUGGCACUACAGCAAAAAAGGGAGACCCUGUCCCAGCUGUGCCUCGUCCCCAUGGUGACAUCUCCCCAGGAGGAGCAGCAGCUCCUGGCCAGCACCUCCAAGCCCGUGGUGAAGCUCCUGCACAACCGCAGUAACAACAAGUACUCCUACACCAGCACUUCAGAUGACAACCUACUUAAGAACAUCGAGCUGUUUGACAAACUGGCCCUGCGCUUCCAUGGGCGGCUGCUCUUCCUCAAGGAUGUACUGGGGGACGAGAUCUGCUGCUGGUCUUUCUACGGGCAGGGCCGCAAAAUCGCCGAGGUGUGCUGCACCUCCAUUGUCUAUGCCACGGAGAAGAAGCAGACCAAGGUGGAAUUCCCAGAGGCCCGGAUCUUUGAGGAGACCCUGAACAUCCUGAUCUACGAGACUCCCCGGGGCCCAGACCCAGCCCUCCUGGAGGCCACAGGGGGUGUAGCUGGAGGUGGUGGGAUGGCCCGAGGGGAGGAUGAGGAGAACCGAGAGCAUCGUGUCCGCAGGAUCCAUGUCCGGCGCCACAUCACCCAUGACGAGCGUCCUCAUGGCCAACAGAUUGUCUUCAAGGACUGAUCUUGACCUUUCUCCCUGUUUUUCUUCUGCCACUGGGACCCAGUCCCUCUUUCUUUUCCUCCCCUUCCCAUACCUUUGCCCCGGCUUUGCUGGCCAAGUCGUGGGUCUCCCUUGUGUCCUUUUUUUGCAUGGUACUUUCACUUUGGCCCUUUUCCAUUCAUUCUCACUUUAUUGCUAAUGACAUGGUACAUUCCAGCCCCUUCCCUCAGUCAGAGCCCUUCAGAAGGCCUACAUUCAUUCCCUCAUUACCACUCUGGCCCUGCUAUUUUCCCUUACCAGCUGGUUUAAAAUGAUUUAGAGUUCUCUUUUUUUAGUGCAUUGUACAUGCCAAAGUGUCAAGCCAGCCCUUAAUAACACCCUCCACAUUCUGAGCUGCCUCCCAACCAUUGUGCAGGGUAGUUUGCCCCCUCUUUCCCUUUCCAUUCUCCCUACCUCUUUAAGUUUGUAUUAGGCUGGCCUGGGCCUGCACCAACUCAGCUGUCUUCUCAAUCUGUUUCAUAUUAUUUAUUAUUUUAAUUUUCUAUUAAAUUAUUGAAAUAAAGUUGAAUUGAGGAUCUGG